AUGGGAGCGGAGUAUUUAGACGCAGGGGAACGAGCGGAACCAGCAGUAGAAGUUUCUGUGGAUGAGCGUCUGUCAGCAGAGCCAGCCGCUGAGGGGCGCACGCCAAUGACUCUGGAGCAGUACCGUGAAUGGAAGGCGAGGAAGGACCAAGAGGAAAGUGCAAGGAAAGAGGAGGCAGCCAGGAAAAGAGCAGAGGACAUAGCAGCGGGGCGAGUGCCUAUGAAUGGAAGAGAGCUGUUUAUCCAUGAGCCCUGGACGAGGGAGCAGGCGAUGGCAGAGUUCAAGAAGAACCCACAUGACGCCGAUAAUCUGACCAAGCUCGGCCGAACACUCGUGGAGCUGGCGCAAUUCAUUCAGGGGCAGGAGUCGAAUGAGAUGCUGGAUGAUGCUGUCUCGAAAUUUGACGAAGCUCUCAAGAUCGCCCCAUCUCGCCCGGACACGCUGUGGUGGCUCGGCAACGCGCACACCACGAGGGGCUUUCAGACACCUGACGCUACUCUUGCGAACGUCAGCUUUGAAAAGGCCUCCGACUGCUUCAGGAAGGCGCUGGAUGCGGACCCGAGCAACGACGCCUACCGCAAGUCACUGGAGAUCUCUCUGAAGGGCCCGGAGUUGCAUCAAGAGGUGCAGAAGCAGAUGGCACUACAGCAGGCGCUGGGAGCGGCAGUGCAUCCAUCGUCCAUGGAUGCUCCCAAGGUCCAGAAGAAAAAGAAGAGCAGCGAUCUGUGGUAUGACGUGGCAGGGUGGGUGAUUUUGAGUGUGGGUGUGGUAGCGUGGCUCAGCAUCCUCAGUGCGCGAGCGCCGCCCCCUGCCGCUGCCAAGUAA